GGAUGGAGGAGGACGAGCUGGAGGGUGUGGAGGAGCUGGAGGCCGUGCUGCAGCUGGCCCCGGAGGUGCAGCUGGCCAUAGAGCAGGUGUUUCCCAGCCAAGAUCCACUGGACAGGGCAGACUUCAAUGCUGUGGAGUAUAUUAAUACUCUCUUUCCAACUGAGCAAUCUUUGGCAAACAUUGAUGAAGUUGUGAACAAAAUCAGACUGAAAAUAAGGAGGCUGGAUGACAAUAUUCGAACAGUAGUGAGAGGACAGACAAACGUGGGACAGGAUGGCAGACAGGCUCUUGAGGAGGCCCAAAAAGCCAUUCAGCAACUCUUUGGUAAGAUUAAAGAUAUCAAAGACAAGGCGGAAAAAUCAGAGCAAAUGGUUAAAGAAAUCACACGAGAUAUCAAGCAACUAGAUCAUGCCAAGCGGCAUCUGACCACCUCCAUCACUACCCUCAAUCACCUACACAUGCUGGCAGGGGGUGUGGAUUCACUUGAGGCUAUGACCAGGAGGAGACAGUACGGGGAAGUUGCCAAUCUCCUGCAAGGUGUUGUGAAUGUGUUAGAGCACUUCAACAAAUAUAUGGGGAUUUCACAGAUACGACAGCUUUCCGAAAGGGUAAAGGCUGCCCAAAAUGAGUUAGGACAACAAAUCUUGGCAGAUUUUGAAGAAGCUUUUCCUUCCCAGGGCACAAAGAGGCCUGGUGGACCCAGCAAUGUCCUCCGUGAUGCAUGUCUAGUUGCUAACGUCUUAGAUCCCAGAAUCAAACAGGAAAUCAUCAAGAAAUUUAUUAAACAACACCUCUCGGAAUACCUGGUACUUUUCCAGGAAAACCAAGACGUCGCCUGGCUAGAUAAAAUUGACAGACGCUAUGCUUGGAUUAAACGUCAGCUGAUGGACUAUGAGGAAAAGUACGGGCGUAUGUUUCCGCAGGAGUGGUGCAUGACGGAGCGUAUCGCCGUUGAGUUCUGCCAUGUUACGAGGACAGAGCUUGCUAAGAUCAUGCGCACAAGAGCUAAAGAGAUUGAGGUGAAAUUGCUUUUGUUUGCCAUUCAGAGAACGACCAACUUCGAAGGGCUGAUGGCUAAACGCUUCUCGGGGUGCACUCUGGCUGAUGGGACCGUGAAAAAGGCAGAGCUGCCACCUCCCUCCACCAACCCAUUUCUGGAAGAUGAAAGUGGGACAGAGACAGACGAAACUGUGAUAGAGAAAGGCGAUAUAGAUAGACCCAAGAAGCCGAAGGCCCCGGACAACCCAUUUCAUGGCAUCAUUUCCAAGUGCUUUGAACCUCACCUCUAUGUAUAUAUUGAGUCCCAGGACAAAAAUCUUGGCGAGCUGAUUGACAGAUUUGUCGCUGAUUUCAAAGCUCAAGGGCCUCCCAAGCCAAAUGUGGAUGAAGGGGGAGCUGUCCUGCCCAGCUGUGCUGACCUCUUUGUCUAUUACAAGAAGUGCAUGGUGCAGUGUUCGCAGCUUAGCACUGGCGAACCCAUGAUCGCAUUGACCACCAUAUUUCAGAAGUACCUCCGGGAAUAUGCCUGGAAAAUUCUCUCUGGAAACCUGCCCAAAACAAGCAGCAGCAGUGGUGGACUGACCAUCACCAGCCUGCUGAAAGAAAAGGAGGGCUCUGAAGUGGCUAAGUUUACUGUAGAAGAACUCUGUCUCAUCUGUAGCAUCCUGAGCACGGCAGAGUACUGCUUGGCAACAACCCAACAGCUUGAAGAAAAACUCAAAGAAAAAGUGGACGCAAGUCUCAUGGAACGAAUCAACCUGACAGGAGAGAUGGAUACAUUCAGCAUCGUGAUCUCAAACAGCAUACAGCUGUUAGUGCAGGACUUGGACGCAGCCUGUGACCCGGCCCUUACCGCUAUGAGCAAGAUGCAGUGGCAGAAUGUGGAGCACGUUGGCGACCAGAGUCCUUAUGUCACGUCCGUUAUUCUUCAUAUUAAGCAGAAUGUUCCCAUCAUCCGUGACAAUCUGGCCUCCACGAGAAAAUACUUCACUCAGUUCUGUAUUAAAUUUGCAAACUCCUUCAUUCCCAAGUUCAUCAACCACCUAUUCAAGUGCAAACCGAUUAGCAUGGUGGGGGCAGAACAGCUGCUGUUGGACACUCACUCUCUGAAGAUGGUUCUCUUGGAUCUGCCUUCCAUUGGGUCCCAGGUGGUGAGGAAGGCUCCUGCCAGCUACACAAAGAUAGUGGUGAAAGGCAUGACGCGGGCGGAAAUGAUCCUGAAGGUGGUUAUGGCCCCUCAUGAGCCCCCCGUUGUGUUUGUUGACAAUUACAUCAAACUCCUUGCUGAUUGCAGCACAGACACUUUCCAGAAGAUACUAGACAUGAAGGGUCUAAAGAGAAGUGAGCAAAGCAGCAUGUUGGAACUGUUCCGCCAGAGGCUGCCCGCCCCUCCCUCUGGGGUAGAGAACACCAGCUCCAUGUCCCUGACGGCGCCCACGCCUGAGCAAGAGUCCUCACGAAUACGAAAACUGGAGAAACUCAUCAAAAAGAGACUGUAGAUGAACAGAAGCAACAUCUGCUGCCCCCCCAGCAACUUUGGCCAGGUCUUGUGCAGGCUCCCCAUUAUCCUACACUAUGUCACUGAAAAAUAGCUGCCGAAUCAAUGCCACGCCCUGAGACGCAUUAACCGUAUUGCUCUGAAUGGAGAAGCAGCAUGAUUUUGGCAAGGGAUGAAUGCUUCCCAGGGCUCUGUGCCCUGGGGAUAGAUUAGCCGAG